UUGGGACUAUCACAGGGGUCAGUCAGUGAAUUGUUAUCGAAACCAAAACCUUGGCACAUGCUCAGUAUUAAGGGAAGAGAGCCUUUCAUUCGAAUGCAGUUGUGGUUAACUGACCCCAAAAAUGUAGAAAAGUUGCAGUCUAUUAAAAACCAGAGGAGAGGAGCAAACAAAAGAAAAAGAAAUCACACAGAUGUCGAGAUUCCCUGGUCUACUUAUGAAAACCACACCUACAACUACGCUUUCCCUCCACCUUCACCGUAUCUUUCAGCCAAGAAAUCACGAUUCUUGUUCUCUGAAGAGCAAAAGGAAGCACUCCGUUUAGUUUUCUCCAUGGAUCCAUAUCCAAGUACAGCCACAAUUGAGUUUUUAGCAAAUGAACUCAAUUUAUCAGUCCGAACAAUAACCAAUUGGUUUCAUAAUCACCGCAUGCGUCUCAAACAGCAACCGUUUGCUAACAGUGAUGACUACUUAUCCAAUGAAAUUGGAACAGGCAAAAUACCUUCAGCACACACAUCAGGAAUGAAGGAUGGUACAAAGUUUGAUCCUGUACAGUUUCGAUUGAUUCUGAAUCACCGGCUUGCAGAACUGACUCAAGAAAAAAACAGUAAUAAAACCCAAAAAAUAUGGUCCUCUACCAUUCUGAACAGUUCAGCACUUUCCACCCAUGAUGAUUCUUGUACUUUGGACCUGAGUAUUUCUAGUCAACGUUUUCCCCAUAGAGGUAACAAUUAUUAUGAACUCAACUCUACCUCUGAAACUGCAAGUGCUGGAAAUGAUGAUCAUUCAAACAGUGAGCAAAAUGAUGAUUCAAGUUAUUCCUUUGAACGAGGCUUAUCAGAAAGUAGUGACAGAGAAUCUACAGAUGACCAACCCCUGUCCUUUUCUACAUAUGAUCCACAUCAGAAACAAACAAAUUUACAAAAAAAAGCAACAGACCCAUCUAGCAGCAGUAAACGAAGGAAACCUGCCAUGCCACAGUGGGUGGACCCAGGACUGGAGUUGUCUCCUGAUAGCGAUCUCUACAGUGAAAGUGAAGAUAAUGAUAUAGAACCAGAAAGUAAAAAAAAUAAGGAGAUUAUAAAUGGGGUUUGUGUUCUUCAGACUGGAAACUUUGAUUUGUGCAUGCCUAAGGAAAACACGGUACGGAUUGAGCCAGCUCCAGCUCCAGAUGAACACGAAGUAAACCCUAGAAGCAAGAAGGAAACUACGACGAAAAAUAACACAGUAGAUUCUAUGAACAUACAAGUAUCAGUGAGAUCUGAUAAUAAAGAAAUCAGAGAAGAUAUCAAAAUUGACAGAAAGUAUAAUAUUGAAAGGCUUGAAAGGUGUUUAAAAGAUCAGGAGGAAGGUUGGGAUAUUGAUGAAGAGACAGAAAAAGAAUGCAAUAAUAAUGAAACAUGUGAUGGCAAACAUAAACAUAAAACUCUAGGGCAGAUGGGUGUUUUGAUGAAGUAACUUAGGUUUUACUUAGAAAAAGUAAAAGAAAGAGAUAAUGAUUUACUUAAACUUGUCUAAAAAAUAUGUAAUGUGCUGUAAACACAGAAAAGGAGUGGUAUUCAUGGAGCUGGGAAUCAUUUACACUUUUAGUGACCAUGUGUUUUGUGUUUAACACAUCUUGGCUUGCAAGUGGCCUUAGAGAUAUUAAACCUGAACUAUAAAAUAGUGGGAAAUAACUUUAGGCUUAACUGGACAUGAAAUAAAUAGAUUUAAUUAAUAUCGGAUGUAAGGGCAGUUCCAAGAGACAUGCAAAUACAAUGUGAUAAUGCCAUUAUAGCCUUCUUGUUGCAGCCAGAGGAGGCUCAUGUAUUCAGUAUAGUUGCCAUCUAGAGCCUAACAUCCACAAAGUGGUCCUCUAGAAAUUAGGCUUUAUUUGUCAAUGUUCAAAUAAGUAAAAACGAUGUCUCAUAACUGUGUGAUUAGUGGAAAGGAUUUUUUGCAUGCGAUGCUCAGCAUAGUCACCAUACAUAUUCAAUUCUCUGUGUUCUAAUUGGAAAUGUUUUGAAUUGUAUAUAGUUAAGUCAAAUUAUGUUUAGAAAUAGAUGGGUACAAUUUUAAAUUUUUUUAAUUAUUUUGAUUUUGUUCUUUCUUAACCGAAGAAUUCGUAGAUAAAGAAGUAUGCAUUAAUUUACUUUUUUAUCACUUGUGUGUAAUUUCUUUUAUACGUAUGGAUUGCAGGUACGUAAGCAUUAUUUAUCAUUAAAAGGUUACAAUAUUGUUUUCAUUCUUCUAAUAAUGCCUUUCUGUAUCGUUGCUGAGGUCAAUCAAAGAAACCGGUGACUAGCACUAUCUCAUCUUAACUAAGAUUUACUAUUAUAUAAAACAAAAUAACCUGGGUUCUGGUUUAUCUAGAUAACAGUGCCCUGGAGAAUUUGGAGGUGCAUUACAUCAUAACUCUAGUCCAGAAACAGGCUUAUUAGACCUGGUCCACUAGCUUAACUGUUUUAUAUAUAUAUAUAUCUGUGUGUUUUCUUAAUAUUUAGUAAAUUCUUCUUACACUCGUCAAAAAAUUCAAAUUUAAAUAAUGCCAUCUGCAUUAUUUAGAGAACUUUUAACAUUUCAUGUUACUUGUAAUACCCCUUUCAUGUGAAUAGUUGCUUUUUUGUUGUUCUUACACUUCAGCCUUAGAAGACUAAAUUCACUUCCUCAAGCAAAUACUUGAAUCAGUUUUCAACCAACAUGUGUUUGUCACAUUAGUUAUACAUGCCUGACAUAGUGAAAAAUACCAUUAAAACAGAAAAGCUUA